AUGCAUACUAACCCAACGCUCAUUAACCCAACUAUAAACGUUGCAUUAAAGCCACCAUUGGGUUAUGUUCGUCCUGUUUUGUUUGGCAUCAGCUCAUGCACGUCUAUCUUUUUCAUUGCCGCCUACGUCCAUGACAAAGAGGAAGAGAGCAUUUGGAGAAAAUUCAAAGAGCGUACAACAACCGAUCUCCAUCGGCUACGAGACGUCAUCACGGACGAGUCGCUGCUGAAGCAUGACAUUUGGAAAGAAAAGAUGCGUCUUUGGAUUCAACGCAAAAGCGAGCUGAUGCAGCGUUUGCGACACCAUUUGGAUCAGUAUCAGGCCCUGCCAACACAUAUUAAAAAGUCCAUCCUUGGCAGUGCACAGCUCUUACUGGAUGUGACAGAAGAGGAAAAGGUAUUGCUUGGUAUCACCGCUAUUCAUUUGCUUGUCUUUGGUGUAUGGCGCAUACCCCGCUACCAGAAGUUCAUGCAGCAGUAUUUUGUGCACAGCGGCGAUCGAACCAUCACUUUAUUGACCAGUGUCUUUUCUCAACGUCGACUCUGGCAUAUGUCCGUCAAUAUGGCAGCUUUAUGGCUGGUGGGGCCGUGGCUUUACAACAAAUUAGGAAGAGAGCAAUUUAUAGCGACUUAUCUAUCCUUGGGUAUUAGUGCCAAUGUAGUGAGUCAUGUAACGAGAGUCGCGAUGGCGAGGAGGUGGAGGCAUAACGUGGAAGCAGCAAAGCUAGCCACACUCGGCACAGAUAGUGCUUUAUAUGGUUUACUGGCAGGCACAACUAUAAUAUACCCUGAGGCUACUCUAAUUAUUCCCUUUUUACCGACAGCAUUGUCUACACUCAACCUAAGUUAUACCUUACCAGCAUUUCUAAGUAUGGAUGCAGUAGCUUUAUUUUUUCGAUGGAAUAGAAUGGAUCAUAUUGCUCAUAUUGGAGGCACUAUGAUGGGAAUUGUUUAUGCAAAAUUUGGACCCGAUCACCUAUGGCCACAAGCAUUGAAAACGGUACGAGAUGUAAAAGCGAGCAUUCACGGUAGAGGCAGUGGUAAUGAUAAAAAUGGAGGAGGCAGACCACCGGGUGCUCUGAUGUUGAUUUUACCAGAGAAACUUCGGCUCAAAUUACAAAAGAAGGCAACACCCGCAGCUCCCGAAGGAGGAGGCGAAACUUGA